AGGAUCCGAUCGCUGGGUCAGCGAGCAAUGACAAGUGGCGACGCGCCUCCGUAUUGCAGGCGCAGCUGGAAAGUGAACGUCGUUUAGCUGCGACUGUCAUAUGGCUCGAUCCACGUCAAGAGAUAUACGGACGCAGCCCUCGAAGCGAUUGCGGCAAGCGUGGCUCGAACACCGUCGAUCCGGUUGAUCGUCACUUGUUGCAGCGGCCGUUUGGCGGCCGACGCGCACGCAGCUUCGCGUUUCAUCCGUCAGGGGUCCGACCGAGCUUGGUGCGCAGUAGCGACUGCGCAUUGCGCAGUUGUGGCAGGAAGCUUUUGCGUCGAGCUCAAACUCGUCUGCGAAACUUCAAUCCGACCGCAGGCGAAACCGCCGCGCGAGCAGCAGCGACCGGAGGAGAGCACUCGGACCAAGCGGAGCUACGUCGAACAUGUACGGGCCACGCGCGAGCGGUGAGCGGGAGUCGGAGCCGGAGCCGGCCGCGGCGGAGCCGAAGCCACGCCGAGAGGUCGCCUCGCGUUCGGGCGCCGACAAGCCGAGCCGCGAGCUGGCGCCGAGGCCGACGGAGUUCAGCCCGGAGAUGCUGCGUGACCAGGAGCUGCUGGUGUCGACGCUGAGCCAGCAAGGCGUCUCGCAGGCGCUCAUCAGCCGCCAGUUCAACCGGCUGCUGGAGGAGCAGGCCAAGCAGCUGACGCGCUCGCGCGAGCCGGCCAGGGCGCUCGAGGAGCUGGGCUGCGCGCGGGAGCGCGGCGAACCGCCGGAGGCGCCGUCGAGGCCGCGUCCCAAGCCGGAUCAGCAGGCGCCACGCUCGCGCAACAACGGCCUGCAGGAUCACGUCACUGCCGCGCGGAUCGUCGACAGGGCCAGGCAGCGGUCCGAGUCGCGGCCCGCCGACGCGCCGCGCUUCCGACUGAAUGGCGCUCAGGAGCGCGACGCGCCCGAUGCCGAGGCCUUUUGCCGGACGCACUUCCUUUGCCAGCCGUCCGAGCUGCCACCUGCAGGUUGUGGCGCCAGGCGCAACGUCUCGGCCAACGGCCUGGAGAACGCCAGGCGGCAGACCGCCGCCGCCUGCCUCGGCUCCGUCGAGCCGCCCGACGAGCCUGUUCGGCAGCGCUCCACCGAGGAUGCCGAUCUGACUCGUUGCUCCGCCGAUACCAACUCUCCCGUCCCCGGGAACGGCGAUGAUAAUGAUAAGCUUGGCGAUUGCGUGGCUUCCCUGCACCAGCUCUCUGACAUUCAAGAGCCUAGAAUGUUUGGCGGAUUCACCUAUUUUGUCAGAAAACCACAGUACUUAUCGCAUUGCAACGCUCACCAGCAUCUUCAGCAGCCGUCAUCGGCUAAGGAUCGACUGCAAAACUCCCAGUUAUCGGCAACACAUCCUGGCAAACACCAGCACAAAUCCGUUUGCGCUUCCAAAUGCUGAAUCUAUAAGUUUGUAAUCGUUCGCAUUUUUACUUAUUUCGGCUCGUCCAAUAGCAAACCGAAUAAUUUUUAACAAUUGCUAAUUAUUGUAUUGUGAUUGACAAGUAAAA